CCUCUGUUGCAAGCACCCGACAGCCGGCACCGGCGGGGAGAAGCCUGGCUCCACCAUGCGGCACCUGGACAGCGCCGGGGCCGCGGAGGCGGCGGAGUCCGGGCUGCAGCUGGCGGAGGGGGAGCCCCUGGGCUCCGGCGAGCAGCCGAUGGCUGCCGAGACAGCGGGGACGCCUGCCCCCCGCAGGUACUGGUUGUGCGAUUCUUUGCAGUGCUGGUCUGGUGCGCAGCCGGAAGCCAAGAAGAACCCCUGUCCUGGACUUGGCUUAUUUUACACAUUGUUAUCUGCCUUCCUUUUCUCAGUGGGCUCUUUAUUUGUUAAGAAAGUGCAAGAUGUCCAUGCCGUAGAAAUUAGUGGAUUUCGAUGUGUAGUCCAAAUGACAGUCAUUUUCCCUUGCUUAAUAUACAGAAAAACUGGAUUUAUAGGCCCCAAAGAUCAAAGAAUCUUACUCAUUGCCAGAGGAGCCCUUGGUUCUACUGCCAUGAUCCUCUUUUUCUACGCGUUGCAGUCAACAUCUCUUGCUGAUGCCACAGUUAUCACAUUCAGCAGUCCAGUCUUUACAUCUAUAUUUGCUUGCAUAUUUCUCAAGGAAAAAUAUAGCCCUUGGGAUGCUCUCUUCACCAUAUUCGCAAUCACUGGAGUGAUCCUUAUAGUAAGGCCACCAUUUCUGUUUCAUUUCAACACUACAGGGAUGGACAGAAGCUAUUCAGUUCACCUGAAGGGUACCUUUGCAGCGAUUGGACAUGCUGUGUUUGCUGCAGCGACUCUUGUUAUCCUAAGAAAAAUGGGAAAAUCUGUGGACUACUUUUUGAGCAUCUGGUAUUAUGUAGUACUUGGUCUCAUUGAGUGUGUCAUUGUCCUCUUUAUAUUAGGAGAAUGGAGUCUGCCAUACUGUGGACUGGACAGACUGUUUCUCCUGCUAAUUGGGUUGUUUGGUUUGGGGGGUCAAGUUUUUCUCACCAAAGCUCUGCAAAUAGAAAAAGCAGGACUCGUAGCAAUAAUGAAGACUAUGGAUGUGGUCUUUGCUUUUACCUUUCAGGUUAUUUUCUUUAAUGAUGUGCCAACCUGGUGGACAGUGGGUGGUGCUCUCUGCGUCAUAGCCAGUAGUACUGGAGCUGCCAUUCGUAAAUGGUGUGAGAGUUGCAAAUGAAGAAUCACUGCUGAAAUGUACAAUCUAACGUAUAUGUACAUCCAGUUCAGACAUACUAUACACUCACUCAGGAAACCUGAGUUUACUGAUUACAGCUAUUAAAUUUCAUAAUGAAAGUACUAUUUUCAAAUUUGAUAUGUUUUUAAUUAGAAAUCAGAUCCAGUUGUUUUGUUUGGCAGGUUUUUUUGUUCUAGCUUGCUGUUGGGGUGGCAUUGGCUAGAGAACUGUUCAAAGUUGAAGAAAAGCUAAAAAUUUUUUUUUUUUUUGCCUCCAGGGUUAUUGCUGGGGCUUGGUGCCUGCACUAAGAAUCCACUGCUUCUAGAGGCCAUUUUUCCCAUUUUGUUGCCCUUGUUGUCGUCGUUAUUAUUAUUGUUGUUGUCAUUGCUGUUGUUGUAUACAAAAGAGAGAAAUCGAGAAAGGAGGGGAAACAGAAAGGGGGAGAGACAGACAGACACCUGCAGAUCUGCUUCACCGCUUGUGAAGCGACACCCCUCCAGGUAGGGAGCCGGGGGCUUGAACUGAGAUCCUUAUGCUGGUCCUUGUGCUUCGUGCCAUAUGCGCUUAACCCAAUGCACUGACCCCCAGUGAAAAUUUUUUAUAAUCACUACAUAUAUAAAAUUUCUACAGUGUAUUUUUGAUAUUGCAGACUACAUGUGGGAAGGUAAUUUCAGACACUUUUACUAAUAUAGAAGUUAAGAAACUUUGAGAAUAAUGCUGCUAUAGUUAGUAUGUUGAUAAUUCAUUUGAAACAUAAUUCCAUUUAGGAGGCCUAAACUUAGACUUGGAGUAGUUGCCUACUUAAUGGUGUCAAUAAUGCAAAUAAAUUAGCCUUAUUUUUAAGGCUUUAAAAGUGAUUCGUAUUCUUUUAACCUAUAUUUGUGCCUUUUCAUUUUAAUGCUGAAUUUUUUAUAUGUGAACUUUCAAAGUUUUUAAAUCAACAAAUUUGGCUAAUGGUUUUCUGUUUCAAUGUCAUUAACAAUGAUAGUUAAUCAUUCUAUCAUUUUAGUUGUUUAUUUUUUAAAAUGCCCUUUUUUUUCUUAGUUUUCUAAGAUUUCAGAUCACAGGAGGGAAAAUUUGGCGUUGCUACUGUGCAUAUUUCCAUCCUGAAGUGCUUUCUCUUCACUUAAAAUGUGAUUUUUUUUUAUAAGUUCUCUUUGAAUUUAUUGUAUAACACCAAAUAAAAUGUUCUCAGGGUUGUAUUAGGCUGAAUCAUAUGAAAUUGUUUAGACUAUAUCUUUUUCACUUACAAAAACCAUAGUUUCUCAUGGUUCAUCCUAAUGGAUACCUCUCUUACUCUCCAAACCAAAAAUUUAGAGGACUUUGAAAUACGUAUUUUAAAUAUUUUAAGGUACUUAACAGUAUUCCUACUAAACUCAACUUUAUGUAAUCAUUGUUUUGUGUUUUAUGUUAAAUGUAAAGACCUAUGAGUACAUGAUUGAUAAAAAAAAAUUACAGUUAAAUGCCAGUGCUGCAUUAUGACAUUAUAUCAUGAAUUAAACAAUACAUGUUUAUAACUGCACUUUUAUUAAGCCAUUACUCUGAAGUUGAGAGAAUUUUAAUAUUUAGGAAUGCUUGAGAGGUUAAUCAGGAAGUACAGAGUACACACAAAAGAUUGUUUUGUCACAGUGAACCCUUUUUUAAGUGUGGCUAUAAUAGCUUCCAACACUUCAUGUGUCAGAACUAGCAUUCAUUAUUAUCUUGUCUCCAGAUUUGGAAGAUGAUAGGUUAUUUUCUGCCCUCUCACCACAACUCUUCCAAACUGAGAAAGAACUUGGGUUCAGAGAUUUAUGCCUUGGUGAGAAAGGGUGGCCCCAGUAGUUCCCAAGAGAUUUAUUAUUAUUAUUUUUAUUAUUUAUUUAUUAUUUGCUAAUUUUCCUAAAUACUUCCCACUUCUAAACGAAGUCUCUUCAGAGGAGUCAUCUCAGUCAUUGUAUCUGUAGCCUAAUUCUCAAUCCUUAUAGAGUCAGAAAAACAUCUGAGAUACUUUUAGAAUCGUAAGCACAAAGAUUAGAACUCCUCUUUGAAGAAUCAUGUUCCACAUAAGAAUAACUAAGGGAGAAUACCUACCUGAGAUGGGUUUCCCUGGCCUUUUCCCCUCCUUUAGUUCCAGGAUGGAAGAUGGAAGGUAAACCAUUGCUUGAGCCACCUAAGGUAAAUUAACUCUCAGGGAAACCUCUCCCAGUUCUUUACCUUGCACAUUAUAAAAGUACUUUUGGGACAUUCAAAGUUAAAUCUCUUUAGGCCUGUAUGUUAAAGACAUGUUUGUUUGUUUGCUUGUUUCAGACAUGAGGUGCUUAAAUGACAUAAAAUGAUUCUCCCAACUUUUAAGGCUGUGAUUCUUAAGAUACUUUUUACAUGUCCAAGUUACAGACGAUGAUAUCUAUUGUAACAACUAUGAGUAUGUAUAUUUUGAGUACAUUGUAGUUUUCUGUCUUAAGAAUAUUUGUAUAAAUUGUUUUUGUUUUAUAAGUGGCUAAUAAAAUUAGUAUAUAAAAAAGCUGUGUUUGGGUUAUUAUGACUAUAGAAAUAUAUCUUCUACUAUAGCAUUUGCUUUUUAUCUGUGUGUGCUUUAAAUUCUAUUUUAUAAAAGGAGACUAACAUCCAGCCAUUCAGUUAUGAUGUAAUCUCAAGUUUCAAACUGUUUAUCCCACUGAGUGUCACAGUUAAAUUCAAUAUCUCUAAAAUAAAGGUCCCAAGCUUCUGCUUGGGUAAGAGCUUCAACUUCUAAACACCCCCCCCCGAAUUUUCAGUGAUUUUUUUUUUGAACUCUAUAAUUUUUAUUGUAUUCUGAAAGCUCAUUUAUUACUGCCAAAAUGUCUGUCUUCUUUUUUUUUAUUUAAUUUUUUUGUAUUUAUUUAUUUAUUUUGCCUUUUGUUGCCCAACAUUGUUGUGGUUAUUGCUGUCGUUGUUGUUGGAUAGGACAGAGAGAAAUGGAGAGAGGAGGGGAAGACGGGGAGAGAAAGA